AUGGACUCCCCGCUUCUGCUGUGCCAGGAUCGGCUCAUAAUACUACUCUAUCGCGCACGUCGGUUCGGCCAAAAGCCUGCAAUCAAGCUCCCGAAACAGAAAAGGACUGGUUUGGCCAUUGAAGAUCUGAUGAUGCAAGCUAGGAUGAUUAAGUAUGACGUCAUCGGAUUGGCCGGAACGAGACGAUCCCACACAGAAAACGCCGUAUAUGACACUGGAGAAGAACUAUUCUUAGGAACAUGCGGAAGUAGAGGAGUUGGUGGAGUUGGCGUCCUCGUUAACACGAAUAUGCCAAAGAACAUCGACUCUUCACACCUCUAA